AUGCUUUCUACCUUCGAUGACGCGGCUGCGAUUUGUCUCAGAUUUUAUGAAAACGCGUUUUCUUAUCCCAUUCUUAUAUGUUUGGCUGAGACCAAAUAUCGUGGGGCAAAGAAAGAGAGCAAUGAAGGAUUUGGGCAUGAACCAGCACUUGCCGGACAAUGUUAUCAGAUGCCAGUCUCGUUGGCGCCAAUCUUCGCUAUCAGUGACACGGCGCUGCCUCAGAUGUGUCUGAAUCGUAAAAGCGACAGCGGUAUAGCUUCAAGCAACGCUGUCAAUGAAGAGGAAACACAACCCGGUGAACAGGCUACGCCAAAAUCAUCAAUGUACAUGUCGGAUGUGUCGUUUGCAACAAGCAUUGCUGGAGGUUUGCUCGGUUAUCCUUCACCAUCUUGUGCCACCCUAACCUUCCCGUUACACAGAAUUUUCAUUGGAGUUCUCAUGACAAUCAAUGCUUGCAAUCGAGGAUCUUUAGUUGUCUCUAUCCUUAAUGGGUCAGCAUGGGAAAUCAAAGCCAACACUUGUUUGCUCUGCUCGCUGUUCACCCGUGCAGUCUAUGCAGCUGGCGAUAGCGCAAAGAAGAAGAAAAAACUGCAUUGA